CCCGCGCUGUCGCUUCAGGUUCGUAGGUUAAAGGUUAACUUACACGCUGCCCCACAUGUGUUUUUGUUUUGUUAAGAUACUCUGUAGUGCAUUGAAAUAACCUACAGUAACAUGGGGAAGAAUAAGAAGAACAAAACUAAACAGCCAGGACAACAAGCUGAUGAGGCUGGACAACGUCCAAGGGAUAAGAAGCUCAAACGAGAUGGGAAACCCAAGAAAACCAAACCAGAUCACCUUCAAGAUAUCCCCUUCAGGCUCCGAGAGAUAAUGAAAAGCAAGGAGAGAAUGAAAACGGGACCCUUGAAGGCCAAAAAGAUAAAAGAGUCCAUCGUCCCUAAAGGUAAACCGUGGGAUUCCCAGGGUGGAGACAUAGCUGUCCCACAUUUCAGGAGGGGAAAGGAGGAGAGUGAGAAAGCAUACGUGCGACGCAUGGAGAAUGAGACCAAACACGUCCUCUUCCUCACCAAGAACCAAGUAGAGAGAAAGCCUGAGCUGGAUGCAGACGAACAAGAGAGGCCCGCAGACAAGGGCAAGUCUGAGAAGAAGAAGGAGUACGAUAAAGUCAGACUGCAGAGGCUGCAGCAGAAAAAGUUGGACAGACAAGAGGCCAAGAUGGAAAAAGAGAUGUUUAUAGACAAUGUUCCCUUUGGUGAAGUUUCAAUGGCCCCGCCGUCCCUGAGCGCCAAACCCAAGAAAGCUCCGGUCAAAUCUCAGAAGGCAUCAAGAGACCUGCUUCUCAACUCUCUCCUGGGCCACAACGUGGCCUCCACAACCAAGCCCUCCAUGGCCAGAAAGAGAAUCAUGGAGGAGGAGAGGGAGCGAGCAGUGGAGGCCUACCGCCAUCUUAAGAAACAGAAACAGCUGCAGCAUGAGGCCAGGACUGCCAGUCUGGAAAAACUCAAGAACCUUCAGUGAUGUUUCAUGUCAAAGAAUUAUAAGUACCAGGCUUCAGUCCACAGUGAAGUCCAGAAAUGGACACAGAUCGUAAGCUAACCCUCAGCAGACUGUAUUAUGUAACUCUGGAACUGAUUUGCCAGCGGGGGAGCUCAUCAUACUGUAGAUAACUGUCAGGGAAAGGAGCAAACAUUUGCAUCCACAGGCCACAGUAUGAGGUAAGUAUUAAUCAACAUCCACCUGUCACUCAGUAUCAUGUUUUGCUCAAAAAAAGAACAGGACAUUCAUAUUGUUAAUGCCUGUUUAGAUGUAUUACAAACAAUGUAAAUACAUUCAGACAGGUGACUUUUGUUUUUCUCUCCCUUAUAACUGUUAGAUGUUCACUGGUAAGUGAUCAUUGUAUUUACACUUUUUGUAUCUUUUAGAUACUGAUAUCAUUUGUGAUAUGAUAUGGUAGACAAUAAAAUCAUUAAAGCUGGAGUAGGCAAUU